CAAUCUUGUGUAGAGGUGGCCAGGAAAAAUGCUUGGCAUCGUCUAAAAGGAAGGGAGGGAAAACUGCCUGACUUACACGUGGGCCCUAAUUCGGGCGGACCCACUUUCAUAGAGAUACGUACACCCCCUAUCUCUUGGAAUCCGGCGGCAAUCCCACCCCAACUCCAGCAAGGUUGCAUACGCCGCCGCCGACCAACCAUCCGCUCGCCGCCGACCAACGCUCCAGCCUCUGACGCCCAGUGCGGCCGUGCCUCUGCCCUGCCCGACCAUCACGGUUCACGAGUCACGACAGCAUAUUCUCUCGCGCGUUCGGCACCACCGGCGACCGCACCGACAACCGCGGCAGUUCAAGACCGAGAUCGCGCGAGGCUUCAGCCAUGGCGAGCGCGGAUCUGCUACGGAGGGAGGAGGAGUUCUACUCUUCCCUCUUCGAUUCCGCUAAAGGCGACGGCGCUCGGUCACGUUCACAGUUGAUUGAGAGGAAGAUUGAAGCCCUCGAGGACAUGGCCACCAAGGUUGAUGGUUUCCACAUUACAAUAUUAUACACAGGUCAGUAACCGGAGAUCACGUAGAUGGAUGAAUGGCCGCUUGCUGAUUGAACUUGUCCCACGGCUUCAUGUUGAGGAAAUCAAAGGCCUCUUUGCUCCUCCACCAUGGGGUGAGGAACUGCCCUUGUCAGCAUUCUGCAGGACAAGUGUUGGUGAAUGGGAUGCCUUCAGGAGCAUUGACAUGGAUGUUGAGGCAAGAUUGAUGCAACACAUGAAAAUAUCAUCGGAAAAAACAAGGACUCAUAUAGACGAAGAUGAAGCGAUUGCGCUGAAUGCUUGGCGCCGUAUAGAUUGCCAAACAAGAGAAUCUAUAAAGAGAAAUUUCCUACCCGAUCUUCUUGAAAUAUAUGAAGAACAAGUUAGGGCCUUCAUUGAAGAUGCUAGUGAUAAAGAUGUGCUUGUGCUGAAUGUCCAGGACCCAUUUCAGAGGCUGCUUCUGCAUGGUGUCUGUGAGUUCUAUAAUGUAACCUCAAAAACCACAAGCAGUGCAAGAGAUGGGAAGCCGUGGAAGACAACCACCAUCAAGAAGAGGCCGGGCACGGGUAUUCCUUCCAGAAUCACAUUAGUGAGCUUCCUGAGGAUGAAGAAGACCGGGUCCCAACAUUAGUCGCGUGAGGACCGGAGGCUCCUGCGCCCAGAUCUGGCUGGGUGUGUACUAAUGCAUCUUAACAUUGCUCAAGAAGGAAAACUUUGUUGCUUUAUAUGUUCCGUUUAGGUGUAGGCAAGUAGGCAACUGUAAGUUAUCCAGAUUUACAUUUGAAACACAUUGCAAAGCCUGUGAUGGCUCACUAGCAAUCAGUGCACAGUUGCACUAUAUUUUGAAUCCA